CUCUAGCCAUAUUUUUAAUGUUUUUAACCAUAACUCUGAGAUGAUUUAUGUUACGUCAGUUUAAGUUUGCAUGUUUACAUGUUGUAUUAGGAUGUAGGCAUUUUACAAUGUUUACAGCACAAUUUUAAAUUAUUAAGACACAUAACAGAUAGCUUGUAAAAAGACUAUAAGUUUAUAAAGGUGUUAUAAACAGACGUUUUUGUAAAAAAAGCAAUACAAUUUGAAUGUGCCGCUGUGUUUACAGGCUGUCUAUCACUACUCACCAUCGCCCAUCACUGAUGAUGAUAGUUCUACACAGACGAACCUCUGGGACAGCCAUCACUUGAUUAUGAUGCAGACAAAUAAUAAGAAAAUCAGGGACAUCAAGCGGAACAUAGGACGUGCAAAGGAGGAGCUUAUCCAGUGUAUAUAUGGUCGCUGGAACGGGCCAAUGAAAUCACGAGGCAACAGCGAUGGGUUUAUGCAGAGGAAGUGGGCAGACGCCAGAACUUCCAGACCCUGCAUGGAGGUCAUAUAUUAAAUUACCUCUUUCCUGGACUGGAAGAUGUCCCUUCUUUGUUUGCAAGCCAGGCUCCGGAGUGUUCUCUGACACCAAACUGCCCAAGCUGGGAAUGGAUGACAUACAGAUGGUGGAAGAGACAAUUGCACCUUUCAUCCUGUCAGCUCCUUUGCCUGACUUGAAAACCAUUACCCAACUAAUUGCGUCAAAAUCUAUAACCAACCUAUACCAAUUACAUGACUGGAGGAUGGGAAAACUACAGCUGUUAGUGCGCAGUGUUGCUUAA